AGGGACGAUUCGAGGCGUAUACAGAAAGUAUAAGUAGACGUUCCGUGUUGGACUCAAACAAAACAAAACAAAACAACAUCAAACCAAACCCUAGUUUCAACUUCAUCUUUGUUUCAUUUGAUUCGCUCCCAGACAGAGACAUAGCCUCUUUCUUUCGUUUUGAGAAACAAACCCCUCGUUUCAAUCAUUGAUCCUUUUCUGUUAGAUACCAGUUACUCUUCCAAUUUCGUCAUGGCCAAAACCUCCUUCAAGCUUCAGCAUCCUUUGGAGAGAAGGCAGGCUGAAGCUUCUCGCAUUAGAGAGAAAUAUCCUGAUAGAAUACCUGUGAUUGUGGAGAAAGCUGAAAGAAGUGACAUUCCAGACAUUGAUAAGAAAAAAUACCUUGUCCCUGCUGAUUUGACUGUUGGCCAGUUUGUUUAUGUUGUUCGCAAAAGGAUUAAGCUCAGUGCAGAGAAGGCUAUUUUUGUUUUCAUCAACAACACUCUACCUCCAACUGCUGCAUUGAUGUCUGCUAUUUAUGAGGAAAAUAAGGAUCAAGAUGGCUUUCUUUACAUGACUUACAGUGGAGAGAACACCUUCGGAUCCCAUUAGGCAUAAUGCAUGUUAACUUCUGUAAAUAGCUCCCACAAAUCUGCACCCAAUUGUCAAUGCAUGGCCUUUUGAAUAUUGUUAUCCUUCACUUCUUCGACUAUGUUAUCUUUAAAUUAUAAUUUUAUUACCACGCAUUUUGAAUUCUGUGUUGCUUGGUUUCAGUAACAUCUACUUUAUGUUACCACUCUCCUACUCCAAAUCUUCACUGGAUAAAUUUAUAUUUGGUUACCACGCA